AUGCAGAGCAGUGACCGUCUCUACACGGCUGACGAGCUCUGCACCAUCAUCGAGAACAUUUUGCGCGUUGCCGACAACGCCGAGCGCCGCUGCAGCGAGACAGCGCUCACGAAUGCGCUUCGGCAACCCCCAAAUGUGGGCCAGCUGGUGACGAUUCUUUGCGGCACCCCGGAUGGCGCACCGCCCACGGCGUCGGCCGGUGUUCGUCAGAUGGCGGCAGUGCUCCUGCGAAAGCGUAUUUUUUCUCUUUGGCGUGUUCUGACGACGGAGCAGCAGCGGCAUGAGCUGCGCCAACUGCUGUUGCUGCGGCUCGGCAACGAGACGGCACGUCCGGUCCGCUUCGCCAUUGCCCACGUUGUCACUCGACUUGCGAAGGCCGCUGCCAGUCGCGGUGAUGGCGGGUGGCCGGAGCUGCAGCACGCGAUCCAUGCUGCCGCGGAUGACGCGCGAGUGGAGAUGCGCGAGCUGGCGAUGGUGCUGCUCUACAGCUUUAGUGAGGUGUUCGCGGAGGAGAGUGCGCUGAGUGGGUUGGCAACCGAGUCUGUCAUGCGCGGUCUGGGGGACAGCGAGACGGUGGUGCAGGCUGCGGCGGUGAAGGCGGCGAUGGCGCUGGUGCCGACCCUGGACGAGCACCCCGAGAUGCGCGAUGCCUUUCUCGCGCACCAGCUCGUACCCGCCUGCAUUAGCCUGCUCGAGAGCGGCGCAGCGACGGAGGCCAAGGUGCCGCUGUGCGUCAGCAUUCUCGACCUACUCGAGCGGCUCUUCGAUGACUUGCCUGUGAGGAAGUACGGUGCGCUGCUGCAGAACUUGGCGCAGGCACUGAUUCGACUCAUGGGGAAUCCGCAGCACCACCCGCGCAUCCGCGAGAACUGCGGAACGGCACUGGGGCAGCUGGCGACGCUGAAGCCAAAGUUUGUGGGGACACUGACCCUGCUCGAGCCGCUGGUGCAGGUGUGCCUCGGGCUCAUGUCGGAGGACAACACCAUCUCCAUCUCAGAUCAGGGCAGCGGCAGCAUGGACGACGAGGGCGUGAACGACAGCGAUGACGACGACGUGGACAUGCUGCACCUCACGUCCGCCUGCAUGGUGGGUGGCCAGCUGCUGAGCACGCUUGCCACGACGGUGUCCAGUAAGGCCUUCACGGCGGUGCUGCUGCCGUACAUCUCGAGAGUGACGGACGCUCCGGCAAGCGUGGCCACCCGCACCCGCAAGGCUACAAUGAUUGCACUCGCCUGCCUAGCCGAAGGACACUCGAGCUAUCUGCGUCGCCGCGUCAGGUACGUGCUGACGGUGACGCGCGGCUUCCUGCACGACGCGGAUCCGGUCCCCCGCGAGGCCGCCGCCUUUGCUCUUUCGUACUUUUGCGUGCAUCUGCAGCCCGAAAUAUUGCUGCACCACCACGAGCUGCUGCCGAUGGUGGUGCCUCUGCUGGCGGACGCGAACGACCUCGUGCGUCGCCGCGUAGCCCAGGCUCUGGACACCCUAUGCGAGAACCUCCAGGAGAAACUCGACCGCUACGUGCCGACGCUGCUGCCGGCAGUGAUGGCGGCCAUCCCGGUGAGCUCGCUCGAGACGCAGUGCCGUUUGUGCGGCGUGCUCUCGUCGAUGGGCAUGGCGCACUCCGCUGCUUUCGCAAGCCGAGGUCCGGAGCUGCUAGAGGUUUUGCGGCAGCCCUUUGGGUUGAAUUCGCCGGAGACGAUGGCGCUCCGUGCGCAGGUAACCGAGACCGUCGGCGUCAUUGGCUCCGCGAUGGGCCGUGCUGCCUUUGCCCAGUACUUCCCCUUCUUCAUGCAGGAGGUGGUGGUGAACCUGCAGACGCGCCACGCACCGCUGCGGGAGCAGAGUUUCGGCUUUCUGGCGAACAUGUGCGAGCUGUUUCGCGAGGACUUUGCGCUGUACCUGAACGACUCCAUUCACUGCGCCUUGGAGACGAUCACCGAGGACCGGGCGGUGUAUACGAAUAAGCACCCGCUAGCCAGCGACGGAAGUAGUGGUGCGCUUGCUGCCUUCGCCGCGUGGAAGGAUGACGAUGACGGCAGUGAGGACGAGAGCGACGAGGACGGAGGCGACGACGCGGAGGAGAUUCACCUACGCGUGCGCACCGCCGACGUGGAGGAGAAGUCGUCCGCCGUAUACUGUAUUGGCGUGUUUGCCGAUGUCAUGAUGGGCCAGCUCGGCGAAGCGCAGACGGCAGCGUGCUGGGAGGCGCUGACGGGGCUCAACUCGCACUAUUACCCUAACGUUCGCUCUAACGCCCUCAUCGCAUUGGCCAAGCUUGCCAAGGCAUCUGCCGGCAUUCCAGCAGAGGAAAUGCAGACGCUCAGCCGAGCCGCCAGUGUGGCGGGGCGCACCGCUGCCGCUAGUAGUAGCGGCAGACUCGUGCAGGAUAUUCUUUCGCUGCCGGUGCGCGACCGCAUUGAUGAGUUGCUGAACCUGCUGCUUCGCACUAUAGAGGAGGAGGACACGGAGAGGGAGGUCGUCGGCGCCGCGUGCGAGGCGGUGACUAUCGUGAUGGACUACUUCGGCACGCAGUGCGCCAUCGAUGGCCCAGAUGCGGUGCUGCGGGAUGUGGUGCAGCUGCUGCGUGGGACGAUGCCGUGCCAGCGCCGCGGUGACGAGCUUGAGGACGAGGACGAGUGCAGUGAGGUGGACGGUGCGGAAAAUAUGAGCUACGAGCAGUACCAGGAGCAGCAGCAGACGGGGAGGUCUGCCGGUGCGGACAAGGCGCCCUGUGCUCGGGGAAGAGACCCGCUCUUUCGACGCGCUGACGAGGCGGCGGAGGCUCAGGCUUCCGCGAUUGUGGCCGCCAUGGUACAGCAUCAGCAGAACGGCGUCGCGGCUGCUCCGCCGUCCAUUCAGCUGCCGUCCGCGGCUGAGGUGCCACCGUGGUACACGCUUGUUUCACCAGAGAUGGUGAGGCACGGCGUCCACCUGCCCGAGGACCACGACGAAGUUGUCCUAGACGCCGCCGCUGAGAUGCUCGAAAGCGUCGCCAGGGCGUAUGGCGUGCUGCUGCAGCCCUACAUGCCCUACCUGAUCCCGCUACUCGCCAUGCAUGCCGACGUGGAGACGCGGCCCCCGGAAGGACUUGUGACCGCUGUAGGUACCCUCGCCGCCGUGCUACAGGCAUACGGUGGCGUCGACGCCAAUGGCGAUGGUGCCGCGUCGCCGGCGUCGGGGGAGCUGUUGGCGCCGUUCGUCGAGGCAGCUGUGCAGCUGAGCGUUAGCGUCAUGGCAGGCUCAGACGAAUCCACUGCGAGGGCGAACAGCGCAUAUCUGCUCCGCGUCCUUGUGGAGGGCUGUCCAGGUUUCUUCGCGCAGCAAAGCGCUGUUGUAUCGCAGUGCUUCCAGGCGCUCUGGUCCAUAGUUGGCAACGAGGAGGACGAGAUACCGGAGGCUGUCGACAACGCCGUCAGCGCCACCUGCUCCUUCGUCCGUUGCCUUCCGCUGUCGCUGCUGCCCCUCGAUCAGGUUAUCCCUGCCCUUAUGGCGCACUUGCCCAUGAAGAUGGACAAGGCAGAGAACCCGAACGCGGUGCGAACCCUGCGCUAUCUGCUGGGAACCGACCACGCUGCCUCAGCCGCGGCGGUGUCCAGCUGGUUGCCAUCCGUGGUUGUUGCCGUCGCGAAUGUGCUCACCGCGGAUACCGUGGAGGACGCAGAGAAGCAGCAGCUGGUGCAGCAGGGGGCGGCGGUGUUUGCGCAGGCGCAUCCGCAGGCAUGGCAGCAGCAGCGACAGGGCUUGUCGAGUGGGCAACUUGCGGCGCUGCAGGUAUGGCAGCUGUGA